AUGAUCGGUCGUGCACGUCUAUUUAGUACUACAACGAGGCUUCUCGCCGUAAAUAAGAGAGUGGUUCCACCCACAACAGAGAAACUCCCCGACGUGAGUGCGUUUCUCACUAGGAUUGGAAGAGAGUGCUCUGAGCUGACGGAGACUUAUGAGAACGAUUGGAACAACCUGUUUUCUUGGAAUGGCAGGAUUUUGAAAGAGAAGGGAGUCCCUGUAGCACAGAGGAAAUAUGUGUUGAAACAGGUCGAGAAUCUACGUCAAGGGCAUGAAGAGCGUGUCAGAGAGUUGAAAAAGGGGAAGAAAUCGUUCUUUGGAGGUGAAAGGAAGAGGAAAGCUAAUAGAGCUAAGUGGGAAGCAGAGCAGAGGAAAGAGCUAGCUGAUUCGUAA